AUGGCUGAGAGAGCUCUUCUUGAAAAUUACCUGAGCUGCCAUGUGUGUUCAGAGACUUUCAGAGAUCCUGUGUCUCUGAGCUGCAACCACAACUUCUGUUCAAGCUGCCUGCAGAAAUUCUGGGAACAAACUAAAAACAACUGUGUGGACGAGCAGAGAGCUGUGUGUCCUGUGUGUGAGUUUUCUCUCCACCAGAGUCACAAAGUGGUUCCUGUAGAAGAAGCAGUCAGUGACCUGAAGGAGCAGCUGAAAUCUGACUUAAAGUCCCUGAAGGACAAGAGGAACAAAUACAAACAAAAGCAGCUGUUGUCCACAGAGAGGCAGAUCAGAGCAGAGUUCAACAAACUCCAGCAGUUCCUGAAAGAGGAAGAGGAGUCCAGACUGGCAGCUCUGAGGGAGGAAGAGGAGCAGAAGGGGAGGACUAUCAGCAGAGAGAUGAAGAUGAUUGAGGAGCAGAUCUCCUCUCUGUCAGACAGCAUCUCUGCUGUUGAAGAAGAGCUGCAGAAACACAGCGUGCCAUUCCUCAGCAGUUAUAAAGACACUCAGAGCAGAGCCAGAGCCCAGAGCUCAGUGUCAGAUCCACAGCUGGUCUCAGGAGCACUGAUAGAUGUGGCCAAACACCUGGGCAACCUGUCCUUCAGAGUGUGGGAGAAGAUGAAGGAGAAGGUCCACUUCAGUCCUGUCAUUCUGGACCCAAACACUGCAAACUGCUGGCUCUGUUUGUCUGAUGAUCUGACCAGUGUGAGACGUGGAGGACAGACAUGGCAGCAGGUUCCUGAUAAUCCAGAGAGAAACACUGAGUAUGCCGAUGUGUUUGGCUCUGAGGGCUUCAGCUCAGGGAAACACAGCUGGGAGGUGGAGGUGGGAGACCAUCCUGACUGGAUUGUGGGUUUAGUUAAAGAGUCAGUUGACAGGAAGGGAGAGCUUUCUUUUUCACCAAAAUAUGGAAGGUGGUGUUUAUGGCAUCGCAGUGGAAAAUACACUGAUGUUGUUGGUCAGACUGUGAGAGUGAAGAAGAGUCUCCAGAGGAUCAGAGUCCAGCUGGACUAUGACAGGGGGGAGGUGUCCUUCUAUGACCCUGAAGACAUGACUCACAUCUACACUCACAGAGACACUUUCACUGAGAAACUCUUCCCAUAUUUUCAUAUUGGAAAUGCAGGAGACGCCAAAACCUCUGAUAUCAAAAUCUGUCAGACUGAGAUUUGA